CUCUCCUGGUCCUCUCGGUUCUCCUCUGUGCUUCAUUUGCAGCUCCGACUGAAGACAAAGCAACGGUUCCAGAAGCAGCGGUGGAGGCUGUGAAGGAACAGAUAGUCGCUCUACCUGAGAUGGAGGAGCACAUGAUCAAUGCCGGGGAGGUGUCUGUGCCAGAACAUUCAGUCCCUGUUCCCAGAAAUGCACCUGUGUUGGAGGAGGGAGCAGAACAUGAAUCUUAUUUCAGCUCCUGUACAGGAGAAUGGACCCGCCACGGCUAUCACUGCUUCCUGUUCGUCCGUAAAGCCAUGAGCUGGUACAGCGCUGAGGAGCUCUGCAACGGCCUGGGUGGCCACCUGGCCUCGGCCACCAACCCCUCAGAGUACAGCUUCCUCCAGCAGAUGACAGAGACGAACGGUGAAGAUGUCUCAUGGCUGGGAGGCUUCAAACUGCAGGACAACUGGAUGUGGAUUGACCGUCAGGGUUUCUAUUACCAAAACUGGUUCUCCCCGCCCAGCAGCAGCUGCUUCCCCUGUGUCAACUUAAGCGUCUUCCAUGGCUGGGGAAACACUGACUGUAGAGUUGCUAACCGCUUCACCUGCUCCAAGAGCCCUUUUAGCUGUUAACCUAUGUCCUAAACGUCUGAGGCCUUGGAACAGAUCAGCCGGGGUUUUACUGUUUAACGUGUUUUAUUGAUUGUUGUUUUACUCAAUAAUUGAUUCAAAUUGUGUAUUCUUCAAAGCGUCAAUUGGCGAAGUGUUAAGUAACUUUGUCUGUUUGUCAA